UAUAAAAACGAGAGGCCAAGAAACGAAGUUCAACGAAUGACCAUCAUGCUUGUUUUUAAGUCCACUUUACCACUCUCUUCAUCAUCUUCAUCUCUUCACACCAAUCUCACAUUUCAUCUCUAUAACCUCUCUUCUUCUAAACUCUCUUCUUCUUCUCUGCUUUUUCUUCAUCAUCAUGUUCACUCCACAAGGCAAACCUCCUCAACCUCUAGAGUUAGGAAACUUUCCAUUAGAGCUUACAUGGAGAACCAGAACUCCAUUUCCGGUUUCGCCAACAAGGUCAUUGGUUCUUUGCCUGUGGUUGGACUCAUAGCUAGGAUUCUCAGCGAUGAAGGUGGCGUUGGAAGUGACAUCAUUGAUUUUGCUGAGUUCAGAAGAAGGGUUGGCAAGAAGUGCUCCAUCAAUGAUUCCAGAGCUUUCUAUGAGUUCCAGACUCGAAGAGGACGGGCAGGGGAUCCUCUUUAUGUUCUGUUGUGCUGUUGGCUAGCUGCGGUUGGUGCUGGUCUUCUGAAAACUGAGGAGAUUUUGGAAGGAGUGGCGAGGCUGCGGAUCUCAAAUGACAUUGAAUUUGAGGAGCAGAAUUUUAUUGCCUUGAUGAAUGAAGCAAGAGAGAGACGUGCAAAGCUGAAGGCUGCACCUCCAGCUAUUCCAAUGGAGAUUAGAGUUGAGAAGGCACUCGAUGCAACCUAUGUUUGUUGCUUCGGAAAGGAUCCUAUAGAGGAGGAAGACGAGACGUUGCUUAUCACAAUGCUUAGUGCUGUUUUUCCAUCGGUUCAGCAACCAGAGAUCCAGCAGAUGGUAAGAGCCAAGGCAUUGAGAGUAGCAGAAGGAGGUGGCGAUGAUUAUGUUCUUGAAGCAAAGCCCUUGUCAAAAGAAGCUGUGGAAUUGCAAAUGAAGGACCUUCAGUUCCUCAGACAAAAUAGUGAGACUUAAACCGAGUGUAGCCAGUGAUGUUUUUGAAAUAUGAACACGGUGAAUGAAAAAUUAUGUUUCAGAUAUGCUGUUUCAGUGUUUUGGCAACUCAUAAAAAAGGGUCAGUGAUUUUUGUUCUUAUUCCCUUUAGAUUAUUGAAACAAAGGUUUAUAACUUAAUUCAAAAUAUAAGCAUAAAUAGUUAAACAUCUUGUAAAGUAAUAAACUGAAUCUCAAACACCUUUUCUUUUUUUCAA